CUUUCUUUGCCCUUAUAUAGAGAGAGAAGAAAGAUAGAGAGAGAGAGAGAGUGAGGGAUCUUCAAUAUCGAAGCCAUUAGAGGGAAAGAGAGCGUGGUUGAAUCUUUGGGUUUUACUAAAAGAUCUCUCUUUCUCUCCUUUGUUUGAUCAACUUGGAUUCAACGGGGAAAAGACUAUUAGGGUUUAGGAGAUUCACUGGGUUUCUGAAGAAUCUGUGAUCAAGGGACAAGGGUUGACUUAAUUUUGCGGUGGUUCUUUGAAUUGACUGUAAAAAGAUAACGAAGAAGAAGAAAAUGGUUAGAUCAGAUGAAAAUAGCCUUGGAUUAAUCGGAUCAAUGAAUCUCCAAGGCGGAGGAGGAAAGAUCAAGACGACGGCAACAAAAGGACCGACCAGAAGAGCACUAAGCACUAUUAACAAGAACAUCAUUGAAGCGCCGUCUUACCCUUACGCUGUUAACAAAAGAUCACUGUCUGAAAGGGAUGGCAUUUGUAAUAAACCACCUGUGCAUCGACCAGUUACUAGGAAGUUUGCUGCUCAGUUAGCAGAUCAGAAGCCACAAAUCCGUGAGGAGGAAACCAAGAAACCAGACUCGGUUUCAAGCGAAGAACCAGAGAGGAUUAUCAUUGAUGGGGAUGAUAGUGAGACAGAAGGAGGCGACUUUAAUGAGCCAAUGUUUGUUCAACACACUGAAGCAAUGCUGGAGGAGAUUGACCAGAAGGAGAAGGAGAUUGAAAUGGAAGAUGCAGACAAAGAAGAAGAGCCUGUGAUCGAUAUUGAUGCCUGUGAUAAAAAGAAUCCUUUGGCUGCGGUUGAAUAUAUCCAUGAUAUGCAUACCUUCUACAAGAAUUUUGAGAAACUUAGUUGUGUGCCUCCUAACUACAUGGGCAAUCAACAAGAUCUUAAUGAGAGGAUGAGAGGAAUCCUCAUUGACUGGUUAAUUGAGGUGCACUACAAGUUUGAGCUGAUGGAAGAAACUCUUUAUCUCACAAUCAAUGUCAUCGACAGAUUCCUUGCGGUUCAUCAAAUCUUGAGGAAAAAGCUUCAGCUUGUUGGUGUUACUGCUUUGUUGCUUGCAUGUAAGUAUGAAGAAGUUUCAGUUCCAGUGGUAGAUGAUCUCAUCUUGAUCUCUGACAAAGCUUACACUAGAAGAGAAGUGCUAGAUAUGGAGAAGCUAAUGGCCAACACCUUGCAAUUCAAUUUCUCUCUACCAACUCCAUAUGUUUUCAUGAAACGCUUUCUCAAAGCUGCCCAAUCUGACAAAAAGCUUGAGGUUUUAUCGUUCUUUAUGAUCGAGCUUUGCCUUGUGGAGUAUGAGAUGCUAGAGUAUCUUCCAUCUGAGCUUGCGGCCUCGGCAAUCUACACUGCUCAGUGUACACUUAAGGGAUUUGAAGAAUGGAGCAAAACCUGUGAGUUUCACACAGGCUACAAGGAAGAACAGCUACUGGAAUGUGCGAGAAAGAUGGUUGCUUUCCAUCACAAGGCAGGAACAGGGAAGCUCACAGGAGUUCACAGGAAGUACAACACAUCUAAGUUCUGUCAUGCUGCAAGAACUGAACCAGCUGGGUUUCUGCUUUAAUGGAGGAAAAAGACUAUAAUAAGAAUCUAAUAUGACUUAACUCGAGUUUUUCUUUUGAAAAAGAGUGAGAGAGAGAGAGAGAUAGAGCAAGUUGCCCAAAUAGGAGAUGUACAAUUGUUGUUGGUUCGGUUCUUCUCUUUUUAAGGUCUUUAGAUCUUUCUUCACUUGAGAGAGAAUAAAAAGAUGCAGUCAGUCUUUUGAUAUCAUGUUUUCCUAUAUUCAAAUUGUGAAUCGAUCCUAAUAAUUUCAUGUAUAGAAUUGUUGUAACUCAGGAAAAUCUAUGACCCAUUUUGGUUAAUAUCACUCAGGAACUGAACCUCUAAACUGAAUCAAA